AGACAUCUAGAAAUAGUCAGACUAUGAAUAUAUAUACACUGUGGUUGUUGUUUGCGGCAUCUAUAUGUACGCAAAUUUUCGGAACUACUGCUUACUUGCCUUCAGGCGAUGGUUGCCAAAAUGUUCCGGCAUACUGUUGUACAAACGCUGGUAACGCUGGUGGAAAUAACCAAGCUCCAGGUGGUGGAAUGUAUGGUGGUGACCCGUAUGGCGGAGCUCAAGCAGGUGCGAAUAGUGGUCCUUAUGGUAGUGACCCGUAUGGCGGAGCUCAAGCAGGUGCGAAUAGUGGUCCUUAUGGCAGUGAUCCGUAUGGUGGAGCUAUUGGUGGGAAUAGUGGACCUUAUGGAAGUGAUCCGAAUGGUGGAGCUUACGGUGGGAAUAGUGGACCUUAUGGAAGUGACUCGAAUGGUGGAGCUCAAAUGGGUGCGGAUAGUGGACCUUAUGGUGGUGGUGUAGGAGGAGAUUAUGGCGGUGGGUCUUUUGAAGCAAGUGCAUAUGCAUCGGCAGCAAUACAGGGCGGUGAUCCUAAUUCUGCGGCGGCAUUAGCCGGAAUUGUGUCUUCUGGCAGUAGUUCUGUUAGUGGAAUAGCCUUUCAAGGCUAAUGUCCUACGUUGAAUAUAUAUUACAUGAAGUCCAGAAGAUUUGCGAAGGAUGAAGUAAUUUGCUUUAAAUUGCAAUUUCUUGUAUUUCUCAUAUCUUUUAUUGAACUAUAAGCAAAUCCCAGAACAAAA